AUGGCGCACGUCGAGGACUGGUCCGAUGGCGACUUUGACCUGGAGCACACCGAGCUGCGUACAGAUCACACGUCCCUGCAAGACGUUCACGACGUGGCGCACGCAGACCACGAUGCAGAGCCAAAUUGGGACGAGGACUUUCCCCAGGACAACCUCGAUGAUGGCUCGGACGAGCAGACCGACACAAUCAAACUCUCCACCGCUGCUAGCUCAGCGCUGAAGCGUAUGCUCGAAGCCAGUAAAGCUUCCGCCGCUGCUACCACUGCUGCUGCUUCUGCGCGGUCGUUCACACUUCACGACGACUUCGACGAUCAGCUUCGUCCGCCGGCUCUCGAUCUCGACCGCAUCUCUCAGUAUAGCGAUGGCUUUCCGCGACGAGAUGAUCGCGCGGGCUCCACAGCUAGUCUCAGCACCUCUGCCAGCACGAGCUCCCGCAGCAUGAUGGGCCUCUCCACUGACCUCACCGAUCCCGACAGCCCUCACAGCAAAAGCGAUGCACAUCACAGGUCCAGAGCCUCUUCGCGUAGCUCUGGUCGCAUUCGAUCCGAUCAGGACGUCUCUUUCUCCGAAGGCGACGACAACGUCGAGAUGGAUUUCGACCUGGAACCAGACAUGAACAACCUCAGCCUCUGCUCGUCCCUGUCUCGCGCCCGGUCCAACACCUCCCUCAGCCAAGUCAGCAGAGACGUCUGGGACGACGAUUCGGCUUUCAGCACUGCUCCUCCCACCAGCACAACCCACACUUCGUCCACAUCUUUGCAUCCGCCAGCCUCGUCGGACCCUCCACCCUCCACGAAAAGCGUCUCAGGCGAAAGCGACGCGGACGACGAGCAUGAGGACAUGUUGGAUGGUCUCGAUCUGGAAGGUAGCAUCUUUGCAAAGCCUUCGAAGGCAUCAUCUGCCACCGCUGUUGACGUGAAAGCAAAGCUCGAGGCGAUGCUUGACCUCAAACGCUCCGGUCACCCCACCGCAUCUGCGCCGAAUCAUGCUCAAGCUGGAGACUCGGAUGCCGCCAUCGCAGCCGGUCUCAUCAUUGAUGACGAUUUCGAUCUCUCCACCAGCCGCAUCGCAGCCCGCAACUUGCCGGUCAGGACGUACUCAACUCGUUCAUCGUCCAGACUAGGCGUCGAAACCGCGGCUGGCCCUGGCGAUGACCGCCACCAUCCUGCUCGCACCGCCUCUCAGCAUGGUGAUAUCGGUCCGGCUCAACCAUUGGUCACUCGUUCCGAAAAUCGUGGAUCAGCUCGCAAUCGCCUCCGUUUCAAGCGUUCGACAAGUGAUCUCCACACGCACUUGUCCGGCUCGACUGCUUCCAACGCAGCUCCUCCAUCCUCGUCUCACCGAUCGUCGCAAAACCGCGGCAGUCAGCUGACACGCAAGAGGUCAUUGCCGUCCAUGAGAACUUCGCCACCCGCCAACACUCCAUCCUCAACAGGUCUUCCAAGCGCCAACACGUCCGCUUUGCCUUUCCGUCAGCGACAUAACAGCGGCACUAGUGCCGCAUCUCCCUCGUCCCGAUUUAGGAACAAAGGCGGCGCCUCUAGGCUUACCGACUCCACUGCUGCCUCGCGAGCGAGGGCGGCCGAAGCGGCUGAUCAGUUGGCCCGCUUGCAGAGGGAUGUCAACGCUCCUGCACGGCCCAGUACUCCAGUCUCGUUCAAUGCUCGGCCCAUGCAUCAGCCUGCGUCGCGUAUCUCGGUCAAUACACGGUCUAAGGCUAGAUCCAAUCUCGAGCGUCGCAGCUCAUCGGGCGAGAACCAGCCUGUCGCUCGCCUCCUCAAGCGCUCUGUCCAGUAUGGAAAUGGCGCUGAGCUUGACGGCAUCGACGAUCUACCGAGCGCGGCGAGUCCUGUCGUGCAGUCUCCUCGAGUCUCAGCGUCGUCAGACAAGCUCAAUAAAAGCCGCACCUCAGCAGCGCAGUCUCCCUCCGGCUCUGUCCAACCUCAAGGGAAUCAGCAAAAGCGCGGUGGCCGACGUGGAAAACGGGGCAAACCAGCUCUGAUCCGAUCGCUCGGUGCAGGCGCUUCACCCGCACCUAAGCUGGUCAAAGGUAUGCGAUGGAAUCCACAGGCGCUGCGUUGGGAGGGCAACGAAGAUGUUCUCAGGGACUUUGACCAAGUCAUUCAAAGCAGCACUCGGCCGGCCCUCAUCUCCCAGAUGACGGGGAGCUCGACCAGCUCUGCACUCAAUCAAGCUGCCGGGUAUUCGUCGCCAUUGUCUCCAGAGAGCAGCACGCUGAUGGGCAAGAUUGCUUCCGGUGCUCGGGUUGUGGGCGACAUGCUCUUUGAUCCUGUACAGAUGCGAUGGGUGCACAAGUCCGGUGACGAGGAGGAAGACGUCUUUGCCGAGUUCGAUGAGCCGCACGAAGAUGGCGAUGACUCGCACGAUGCUUCUGGCUCGAAGCUGGUCGUCGAUGGCGAUAACACGGUGCGCGCUCGCAGGACCAAGUCGAUCGAGGCCUUCAGCCGUUCCUCCAACCCAUGGACGCGUCUUAGCGACAAGCACCGUUCGAGCUCGCCUGCCCCUGAUCACGACGCCAACGAACGCAGCGUUGACCGCAAGAACGAUCAAGCUAUCCGCAAGGCUUUGUCUAAAGGCGCGUUCGCUCCCAGCGUCGGCAUCGAUCGCAAUCUGUGGGACGCUUGUGUGCAAGCCGAGAAGCGCCACGCAAUCGAGGUGGACGGGUGCCUGACCCAGCCUUCGGGCUCUCGCUACCGCGGUCGAACGCGUUCGCAUACAUCCGACCGCGCCAUGACGAUGGACGAAAUCUAUCGUCCACGUCCGCAUCUAUAUUACCUCGAAAAGAUCGCCAAGAGCAUCGUCAAACCAGAAAGCAGGUCUUGA